AUGCCACAACCUAUGCGACAGACCCAGCGAGUCCCCCGAACAUGCAUCCAAUGUGCUCGGAGAAAGAUUAAAUGCUCCAAGAAAAUACCAUGCGAAGAGUGCAUCCGGCGCGGUGAUACUGUCGCCUGCAAGCGCGAAAUUGUCAGAGUGCAUGGCAAGGUCACCGUCGCAGUAGAUGAAGAGAAACGGAUGGACGAUUCGGACUCGGAAUCAAACCUUGUGCGAGAAAACAUCAGCCUCAAAACUCGCAUUAGGCAGCUGGAAUCAGUACUUUCUCGGCCUGAAACGCUGAAACUUGAGGCAGAUAUCUUCCGAUUGUCUCCUGCUGCAGAGAACCCAGACUCUUCAGACAGAGUUCUGAACGACUUUCAAAGUCUCCCAUUUGGACUCUUGGUGGAAGCGUCACAAGUCUCCGGGGGCGCUCUUCAUCCGAGGGAUGACCACUUACUACUCGUAUUGCCAGAUCGGCAUUGGAGCGAAACUAUUGUGGCGAUGAGAAGCCCUCAGCUCACUGUUCGGCAGAUAGGGGUAUAUUUCAUGGCAGACGAUCAUAUUUGCAAGAUCCGUUUUCUCCAGGAGUCACUCCCUUCUUACAGGUCAUCGCUCCUAAGUAGAGUACCCACGGAACUGUGCCGUAUCUGGUGCGAAGCUGCUCUGAAGGAGCUCGGCUAUGCCAACUACUUGAGCAAGCCCAGUAUUUCGACUGUACAAACAUUGGUGAUUCUGAAUAUCGUGCAUAAAAAUCUUGGCGAGUCAUGUCGCGAAUACACACUACACGGUCUCGCAGUCAAUAUUGCCCGCUUGAUUGGAAUUGAUCGUCUCGGAGGACGUUCUGAUAGACCCAGUAACUGUCUACUUAAAGACACAGGGCUGAUUCGGAAAAAUGAAAACGUCUACCGCAGGCUAUGGUGGACACUGGUGAUCUGCGACUGGAUGACCGUGUGGUCCCGCCCUAUUUCAAUACACCCGGACUCCUUCACGACAGUGCUAGAAACUGAGGAUGGAGAGGAAGUGCCACCAAUCAUAGCUGGCGAAGACAAGCAUAUUCCAUCUCCAUUUGAGUACCAUAAAGCAAUGGCCCAGCUCGCUGCAACCAUGCAGAACCACGCUAGAUCUAUCAACGAGUGGACCACAGUAGCUGUCCGAGCCUCCUUCGAGGAGCUCGACUCUGUGGCUGCAACAUUUCCGCCCCAUCUCUCAUACCCCGGGACCGACGAAUCUGUGCUUGAGGUCGAACAAGGACUUGAAUGGAUCCACGUCCAACGCAGUCUUAUUUUCAACUGUUUAGAUUGCUGGCACAUAAACCUAUGCGUCGCUCUAAUACCUCAACUAUUGGGCAACCCAGCAACUGGAGAGGAUGGUGUGCAGCAGAGCGGGAUUUCCUGCGCAAAGGCCAUUCUGUCCCGACGAUACCAUGAUCCAUGUCCCCACUUCCACAAGUUCUGGGCAACCACAUGCUCCACUGUCACGGCUGCUAUAUUUUUGGCUCUGGACCUGAUCUGCUUUCGCCAUCACCGAUCAUCUGCUGAAGUGGCUGAAGAAAAGGCCUUGAUCUUGUUCGGUAUCUAUCUUGUGGAGCGAACAUGCACAGAUACACGGCACGACGCCUUACUUGUCUUGCGCCGUCUUGUUGAGCUAUCCAACGUUCUGCGACCCAGACAAUUCAUCGACCAGAAGGUAUUCGUCCGGCUCAUGAAGCUUGUCGCUUCUCCCAAACUAUGGGCCUCAUUCUCCGAUACAGAGGUCACGUUGAGAUUUCUGUUUGCGGACCUGUCGUCAACUGGGGAGGCGAGCAAGUCGGCAUUAGACCAUGAUGAGCAGAUACAAAGCACUGAUGCUGGCGACGUCACGUGUGGGAAUAUACUACCAAACACCCUGAGCCGGUUUGCGACAGUCACAGGUGAAGCAGGGGACUUGCUUCCACUCGAAGACGAUCUCUUUUCCUCUGAGCUCAUUGACAUGUCGCUGCCGUGGUUGGAUCCCGGGAGCCUGAUGGCAUUUCCAAACGAGGUGUCAUUCUGA